GGAUGGCAGCGCGGGAGGAGACGCGAUGAGACAUGAGACAUGAGAGAGUGAGACGUCACUGAGAUGGAGGUUGCACUGGUCAGCUUUGAGAACGGAGGCACCAACAAUGGAGAGCAGCUGGACCUGGUCCAGUCCGGACUGGUGGAGGACUUUAGCAAAGAACUGAACACGCACGGUGGUGGAGGGGGGGGGAACCCUCCUCCGCCUCCUUCUCCUCCUCCACAUCAUCAUCAUCCUCCUCUUCCUCCUCCUCCUCAGGGAGCGUGGAGGAUCAACGACAUGAACAGCACGCUGAGCUGCAGCGAGAACGCCAUGGACGCGCUGUUGCGCGCAGACCACAGUCCACAUCUGUUUGAUGACGACUUGCUGGACUUGGACCUGGACUCAGACAGCAACGAGCGCGUGCUCAUCAACAUCGCUGGCCUGAGGUACGAGACCCAGUUGGGGACACUGAACCAGUUCCCGGACACGCUGCUGGGGGACCCCGCCAAGAGGAUCAAGUACUUCGACCCGCUGCGCAACGAGUACUUCUUCGACAGGAACCGACCCAGUUUUGACGGCAUUCUCUACUUCUACCAGUCCGGCGGGAAGAUCCGGCGACCCGUUAACGUGUCGAUCGACGUGUUCGCAGACGAGAUCCGCUUCUACCAGCUGGGCGAGGAGGCCAUGGAGCGCUUCCGUGAGGAUGAGGGCUUCAUCAAGGAGGAGGAGAAGCCGUUGCCCCAGAAUGAGUUCCAGAAGCAGGUGUGGCUCAUUUUCGAGUACCCGGAAAGUUCCAGUCCAGCACGCGGCAUCGCCAUCGUGUCCGUGCUCGUCAUCACCAUCUCCAUUAUCACCUUCUGCCUGGAGACGCUGCCCGAGUUCCGUGACGAGCGAGAGCUUCCGGCGACCAGCCGGCCGGACAACGGUACCGCGGUACGGCCCUCGCUGACCUUCAGCGACCCAUUCUUCAUCAUCGAGACCACCUGUGUCAUCUGGUUCACCUUCGAACUCUUCGUGCGCUUCUUCGCGUGCCCCAGUAAGUCCGAGUUCUCCAAGACCGUCAUGAACAUCAUCGACAUCAUGUCCAUCAUGCCCUACUUCAUCACGCUCGGAACCGAGCUGGCCGAGCAGGGUCAGGAGCACCAGAACGGCCAGCAGGCGAUGUCGCUGGCCAUCCUGCGCGUUAUCCGCCUGGUGCGCGUCUUCCGCAUCUUCAAGCUGUCCCGCCACUCCAAGGGUCUGCAGAUCCUGGGUCAGACCCUCAAGGCCAGCAUGCGCGAAUUGGGCCUGCUCAUCUUCUUCCUCUUCAUCGGUGUCAUCCUGUUCUCCAGCGCCGUCUUCUUCGCCGAGGCCGACGAGCCCGAGUCGCACUUCUCCAGCAUCCCCGACGCCUUCUGGUGGGCUGUGGUUACCAUGACGACGGUGGGCUACGGCGACAUGAGGCCGGUGACGGUGGGCGGGAAGAUCGUGGGCUCGCUGUGCGCCAUCGCGGGCGUGCUGACCAUCGCGCUGCCCGUGCCCGUCAUCGUGUCCAACUUCAACUACUUCUACCACCGCGAGACCGACCAGGACCAGUCCUCCCUCAAAGACGAGCCCGCCUCCCCCGAACUCAAACACGACGACCAGGAGCGCAAGGACUCGGCGGGGGGGCUGGACAAGAGCAACGUGAAGGCCAACAGCAGUUUGGACCUGAAAAGUUCUCUGUACGCCUUCUGCCUCGACACACGGGAAACUGACCUGUAGGGGCGGGGCUUCCCCUGCAGGACACCUGUACAUAUCGCGACUGGAGCUCUUCCACCUGCCCCUGUGCGCGGUGCGCGUCCGGCGCGCGUCUCUCCUCUCUCAGGUUCCGACCCCAAACCUUUGUGUCCCUCCAAACUCUCAGAGGACCCGCGCACGGACACGUGACUGAUAGCAGAGUGGCUGACCUCUGACCCUUCACCUGCUGCACGUCCCCUUUGAUCCCCCCUCCCGCCCUGCCCCCUGGACCUCUGUGCCUUGCAGCAAAGCAGCGGAAGGUUCCUUCUUGGUGUUGUGAGCCGCCGCCACGGGGGAGGGGUCGCUGUGAAGAAAAACAACAUGUCAAAGAGUCAUCUAUUUUUCUACCUGGGGAGCCCCCCCCCCCUCCCUUAAGCCAUAUCUACCUGCUGCACUCGUGUGCAUGUUAUCCCACAUGCAUGUUUGGACCGCGCCUGUCCCUUUAAGGACCCCUCCCACUAAACACUGCCAAAAGGUCUGCAAAAGCCAAAAGUUUGUGUGGUGUUUGUGAACAUGUUAUUUUUAAUGUUAUUUAUGCAGA